AAGCACCACAAACUUGCACUGAUGGUCCAUAGCGUCUCCAAACAACAGGGUCUUUUACAUCCAGCAGGCUUCGAUUUGAUCUAUUUCUCUUUCUAAACUGCUAGCUCUGUUAAUUGAUGGAUUUCUUCAAAAAGUAAAAGAAGUAAAAAAUCAAGGAUAUCUGAAGCAAAUUUGAUACGUGUUUUUUUUAAUCACAUUUAAGGAUCCUUACUUCAGCCCAGCCAUGUCCAGAAGGAAGGUGAGAGGGCUCACUAAAACCGGUCGACAGGUGAGCGAGGACCCAGACCUCGAUAAUUUACUGUCAAACCUGUCACCUGAAGAAAUGGAGGAGCUGGAGAAGGAAGUUUCAGUGGUGCCAGAUCCAGAUCCGAGUGAAAUAAUCAUUGUGGACCAAACGGAUGCAAAAGAAACUGCACCGGUUAUAAAGGACUCUCAGUCGGGCAGCAGGGCAGAUGGUUUUAGAAGCAGCUUUCAGAGGAAUCUGUCCACAGAGGGGGAACCGAAGAAGGAAAGCCGUAAACAGGAGUAUCUCCGUAAAAUGGGCCUCAGCCAGGAGAAGAGCUUAUCAAGGUCUAAUAGCAAAGAUGGAGGUUUGCAAAGACAAUCCAGCAUUACCAGCCCUUCUUCUUUUCCGAAAAAAGACGGUAGGAUGGAGGACAGGAACAGCAGAGUCACGGAGGAGACCAAAGGCGACAAAGCUGGCCCGUGUUCCCUUUUCAAGAAGGAUGAGGAAAUGGAGAGGGAAAGAGAGAAAGAACAAAACAAUGGAACUAAAUUCAAGGAGAGAAGAGAGAUGAGGGAAAGUAGCAGCAGCAAAACUAAAGAAUUAAUAUCCAAGCUUCAAGAGAAAAAAGAUGAUAGUAAAGAGAAAAGUUGGAAAGAAGACAUUCGGAAAAGGGAAUCUACAGACAGCAGAACAAAGGAGAUGAUAUCUAGAAUAAGAGAUAAGGAGGUGAAGGAAAAAGAGAGAAGGGAAGAGAGGAAAAGAGAGGAGAUCAAAACAAAAUUGCCUAUUUCAAGGUUGGAGGAAAAGCAAAGUCAGGUUGUUGAGGAAGAAAAGGACAAAGAAGAAAAGCAAAUGUCUAAUGGAAGGGAGAAAGUGGAAGAUAAAGCACCAGAUGAAAGUAAAGACAAAGAGCCUGAAAAGAUGCAAACCUUGAGAGAUAAGGGAAGAGGGAAUGUUGUGGAACAAAAUGAGGUUUAUGAGAAAAACAAAAUUGAAAACCAUGUAUCGAAGACUAAAGAAGAAGAAGAGGAAGAUGAGUCGGCGAGUAUGUUUGAUGAAGAUUUGGAGAGAGUUCGAAGUAACGAUCCGGAGAUGAUUGAACUCAACGUAAACAAUUCUGAGGUCAUAAAAGCCAAAACGCUUAUUCAGUUUGCAGAAGCCUUGAAGAACAACACACACAUCAAAUCGUUUUCUUUGGCUAACUGCCGUGCUGAUGACCACGUGGCUUAUGCUAUCGCAGCGACCUUACGCAAUAACAAAAGCAUUACUAGCAUUAAUCUAGACUCCAAUUUUUUAACUAGCAAAGGCAUCAUGGCCCUGAUCCAUGCCCUUCAGCACAACUCCACACUUACUGAACUACGCUUCCACAACCAGCGACACAUCUGUGGAGGAAAAUCGGAGAUGGAGAUGACCAAAAUCUUGAAAGAGAACACGACUCUUCUGAAACUGGGCUAUCACUUUGAGCUGGCCGGCCCUCGGAUGACCAUGACCAAUAUUCUCAGUCGCAAUAUGGACCGGCAACGGCAAAAAAGGCUGCAGGAACAAAAACAGGCUCAAGGACAAGCUGGAGACAAGAAGGAUACAUUGGAAGUUCCAAAAACUGGCUUUGGUAAAGGCUCCCCCAAAGCCUCUCCGAAACCAUCUCCUCUACCAUCUCCCAUACCCUCACCAGCUCCGUCGCCGAAGUUGGCACAUAAAAAAGGAGGCGGUGGACCUGUUGGUGGACCACCACCCCCACCACCACCUGGAGGCCCACCACCACCUCCUCCUCCAAUGAUGGAUGGAGACUUCCUGAAGAACUCCCUAACACCUGUUUCACAGAGGAAGCUUGAAGAUAAAACUGGUGGAAAAGGUGGAGCUCAAAACUCAAGAGACCAACUUCUAGCUUCUAUUAGGACGACUAAUAUCAAAAAGCUCAAAAAGGUUGCAGUACCAAAGCUUUUGCAAUAAGUGGUAAAAAUGAAUGAAAAUGAAAGGACAGACAUCUCACGGACCUUGAGAAGAUCAACACUCAGAAUCUUCCAUAAGGAGUCUUAUUUCUGCCCAAUGGUUUGAAAGACAGGCAAGGACUUGUAUAUCAUUCAAUGCACAGCUUCUGCCCAGGAGUCUUUGUAUGAAAUACACUGGACUAUAGAAAAGAGUAAAGCAUGAUGCAGUCAUGGGUGCUCAGAGGCUGAAAUGGUCUAUGGGACUGCAGAAUUGAUGCCUUGCUUGUCAUUUGCACUAAAUGAGUCAUUUCAAAUGAUUGAUUGACGGGUGAGUGUGUGUAUGUGUGGUAAAGCAUAUGUGUGUUUGAGAAGAUAAUUGUGUGGUUUGUUUCUGCAGUAGAAUUUAAGUGUAUAGAAUACCGAAAGAAGUAACAAUUACCUGGAAUUUAUUGUAUCAUUUUGGGGAUGUUUAAAACAAAAACUCUCAUUGAUAAUAGCAUAAAAGAGGAAUUUUAAUUGUAAAAGUCUUUAAAAUGCAUACAUAAAGUUAUUUUUUCAGUAUAGAUUCUACAAAUUAUAUUUUAAAUGGGUAUGACCAGUGUUGGGGGUAAUGCAUUAAAAAUAACGUGCAUUACGUAAUACUUUUCUGAAGUAACGAGUAAAAUAACGCAUUACUUUUUAAAUGUAUACAUUAAUAUUUUAGUUACUUUUUUAAAAAAGUAAUGCAAGUUAAUUUUUUAGUUUAAUUAAUUUGGUUUAAAAAAAUUAUGUACUGAAUUAAACUAAACUUAGUUACAUUAUGCACUCUAUGCGUACAUGUGUGUGUGGGAAUAGUUUGAGUCAGAAAUUUAGAUGACAGGCCAGAGCUCGACAUUUUUGUGAUGAAAUAUGCAAUUUCUGAAUGCAGAACUUUUCAGUCAUAAAAACACCUGCAAGGCAUGAAAGAGAUCAAGCCUCAGCCAAGAAAAAGUAACGCAGAGUAACUAAAAAGCAAUGUAAGCAUUACUUUCCAUGAAAUGUAACUAAGUAACGCAAUUAGUUCCUUUUUUUGGGAGUAACUUAAAGGAAUAGUCUACCCUUUUGCCAUAUUAAACUAUGUUAUUACCUUAACCUAGACGAAUUAAUACAUACCUAUCUUUUUUCAAUGCGUGCACUGUACAGUGCGUUGUGAAUGUGUUAGCAUUUAGCCUAGCCCCAUUUAUUCCUAUGGUACCAAAAAAAAGUUUUAUUUUGUGGCACCAUACUUACUGGUAAACUCCUCAUGUAACAGUCUUUAAAUAGGGAAAACACGGAAGUGUUUAGUGGCUUCCCUGUUUGGUAACAUAGGAAUGAAUGGGGCUAGGCUAAAUGCUAACACAUUCACGACGCGCUGUACAGUGCACGCAUUGAAAAAAGAUAGAUUUGUAUUAAUUUGUCUAAGUUGAGGUAAUAACAUAGUUUAAUAUGGCAAAAGGGUAGACUAUUCCUUUAAUAUUGUAAUGCAUUACUUUUAAAAGUAACGUAUUUUCCGGACUAUAAGUCGCUCCGGAGUAUAAGUCGCAUCAGUCAAAAAUGCGGCAUUAAGACAAAAUAACAUAUAUAAGUCGCACUGGACUAUAAGUCGCAUUUAUUUCGAAAAUUAUUAUUCUUUUUGGGGGCAUUUUGUUUGUUAAGUCUUUCUCCAUUGUCUUCAAGUUAAUGUUUCAGUAGUAACAGUUUUUUUCAGGGGUAGGCUACAGGAGCAACAUAUAGCGCCCUCUCAUGGCUGUAGAUGGUAAUGUUUUCUUUUGGUUCAUGUUAGUCAGUAUGAAUUAAUUUUGACAUAUAAGUCGCACCUGACUAUAAGUCGCAGGAAUAGCCAAACUAUGAAAAAAAGUGCGACUUAUAGUCCGUAAAAUACGGUAACUUUCCCCAAAACUGUGUAUGACUGAGUGAAAUGUUUGAAAAAAAUAGUGUUGCGAUGAUGCAUGAACUUCCGAUAUAUGUCUAUGUAAUUGCAUAGGCAUACUUUAACAUAUUUAUUUUAAGUUUUCUUUCGAACAUUUUGAACAUUUUCAUGUAAGCCAUACAGUCUAGCAUAUGUAUGUGAAUUACUGUCAAGUAUAAUUUCUAAUUUCUACCAUCAAUUUAUACUUUUUAGAAAGUGUUAAAGAGUUUUUUUACUGGUGAAUCUUUGCACAGAAUGUUUAUCGUCCCUCACAUGCUUGUUAAAGAAUUCAAUGUAUCUUCAUGCUUGUACAAAAAUGAUCUCAGCCU